UAAUAAAUAAUUAGUUCUUAUAGUUUGGUUUCUAGGUAGGCGGUCGGCCGCAAUCCCGCCGAAUGGUAAGACGAUAUACUAACAGGAAGAUUGGGUAAACCAAAUAAAAGCGAGUUAAAAGCGGUCGGUAGUAGACCCCAUUAAUACAAUUAAAACUCAUUUGUACUUGACAUCAUAAUUUGCUUUAUUUUAGUGACACAGUGUCAUCUUGAAUUGUUACAUAAUAAUUACAAUAUUAUAUGUACCUACUUAAAGUAAUUGCAGUUAUAAAAUUAUGACUUUAACUCCAAACAAGUUUACGUCUAACUACACGUCCAGCACAGCACAACGAGGAGUAGAAGCCAAGGAAGUCGAGCUGGUGAACACAAACUUGGAACUUGACAUGUCGGUAUCGACUCACUUCCCGGCGGAGAGCAGCGCGGGCUCGGCGGGCGGUACGGGCGGCACGGGCGGUACGGGCGACGCGGCGCCGCACCUCGCCUCCAACGACGAGACUGGUUCCUACCUGCAGGUGGUCGUGGAGAAACAUCGGCGCAAGCGCUCGCCUGCGCAGGCCGUCGCGGCGCAGACGUCUCCGCGCCUGCCUGUCGCCUCGAGUCCUCUCACACACCAGGGCGGGCGCGGCGACGGCGCGGAGGGCGCGGCGCGCGGCGUGUACGUGGUGCCGCACUCCGUGCUGCUGGCGUGCUCGGCCGCGUCGCCGCUGUGCGCCGCGCUGCAGCCUCACACCUACUACACGAAACGGGUGCUGGUAGACGCGGGCACCGGCGCGGCCCGGGACCCCGCGCCCGCGCCGCCGCGCUCCCCGCGCCCCGCGCCGCCCGCCGCCCUGCCUUGCCAGAAAAAGAAUAAAACGUGGAAGCUGUUCCAAGAUAUGGACACUGACAAAUUGUGCGAGAACGGUAAGAUUUACGUUAAAUACUUACAUCAAUGUAGACAGACGGGUACACCGGUGGUGACAGAGCCGGACCGCGUGGAGGUGUACUACUUCGAGCACGGCAGCUGCGAGUUCCUGGCCACGUGCGGCGCCGCCGGCGGCGCGCGCCCCACCGCGCUGGAGCGAGCCGCCCGCCGCGCCGCGCGCCCCGCCGCCGGCCUGCUGGCCGAGCUGCUGGCGGCGCCGCAGCUGCUGCUGGCGCUGCCGGUGGCGCUGGCGCUGCAGGUGGCGCGCUGCGCGCUGCUGGCGCUGCGCGGCGCGGCGGCGGGGCUGGUGCAGACGGCGUCGGACUAUGCGCUGAAGCCGGCGCUGGCGCUGACGUUCAACGCGCUGCUGCAGCCGCUGCUGGUGUUCGCGGCCAACGUGUCGCGGGGGCUGCGCGCGGCGCUGCGUCCGCUGGCGGGCGCGCUGGGCGACGUGCUGGAGCCGCUGGCGCGCGUGCUGGCGGCGGCGCGCCUCGUGGACGUGCACGUGGCCUGCGCGCCGCGCGCCGCGCCCGCCUAGUCUUACUUAUCUAUAUUUAUACUUAAUAUUACUAAUGAAGGAAACUGUGUUUUUGUUUGUCCGUCGUUCAAGACACAAUGGAGCGACGAGUUAACGUGACUCCCACUAGCAUUUAGUUUAUAAAGUACUAGCGUCUGCCCGCGACUUCGUCCGCGGAAAAAAACUUGUUUUAACAUAAGAUUAUACUCGGCGCUAUUGUAGCUUCCUAUUAGUAAAAUAAUUUUUGAAAUCGGAUCAGUAAUUUCGAAGAUUAUCGAAAUUCUCUUGUUUGCUCAAGGUUAGUCCCUUAGUCACCUUUUACUGAAACGAUAUGAUGAUGUCAUUAAAUAAUGUAUGCCACAUAUCAAUCAUGAUCUGCUUCAAUUACGUCAAAUACGUACCAACGAACGAACGUACGUUCAAAUUCGGUACCUAUUUAAUUUAAUGCUUCUCUAUAUACAAUAGACUGAGCGCUGAGCGCUGAGCGCUAGUCUCCCUAAGCCUCGUUUCAGAGACAUGCUGCUUUAAAUCAGUAGACGUUGCGCACGUUCAGCGCUAGUUUCUCGAGCACGGGCUCGCGAUGUCCUCACAUUUUGGCUAGCGAGCCGCUGUGAGCGAUCGGAGUUUGAUUCUCUGACGCGUGCUUGCGAAAUAUGUUCUCUAUUUCUCGAGAGGCGCUGCUCAUUUUCUGGGGCAGAUUCUUCCGUACGGCGUAGUCGAGCUGAUCUUGUCUGUGAUGUUUGCCGGGACAAUUACGAUUUCCUUUUAGGCAUUUCUUUCUUUAUUAGAAAACAAACUACACAGACUUGAAACACAAUGAAUGAACAAAGAGCGACUCGACCACCGCUUUAAUUAUACUAAACAAUCGCAAAGAAAUUACAAUAUUUACCGAUUACUCAUAGAUCUAAACACCCCUCUCCCACACGCGCACCCCUGGCCUUGGUGACGGCCACUACGCAACGAGCCGUGCAGCAGAAAUCGUAAUAUUUUAAUUUCACCACAACUUCAAAACCAAACGUCCAAUUUAAAUCAUUCAAAGACCAAAUAGUAUCAACAUAAACUGUACUUAUUGAUGAAAUAAUUUAUUUUGAUAAGGAUUCAUAGCAUGAGUAAAAUAAACGCGUUUAAAUGUAGUCCAAAAAAAAAGAUUUUUAAAUAAAAAUGUGGUUGUUGUGCCUCACUCAACAUAGAUAGGUAUUGUGUGUCGCGGACUUUUUUGUAGAUAUUUAUAAGAUCUACAAUUAAUUAUAACAUUUUAUGAUUCUAUCUUUUGUAGUUUAGGCAGCGUACGCAAAAUAAGUAACUUCUUUGGUUGAUUUUUUUCAGUUUGUGUCAGAAAAAUCCAAAUAUCUUACAGAACCCUAUUUUAACCUAUCAGUGGAUGGGUACUGAACAGAACUCAGAGGGUCGGCUUCAGAGGGAUAUAAUAUCACAAACACCACUGUUACUGCACUCACUUUAUUGUUAACACUUUUCCCGAUAGUGGCGUUGCUUGAACUAGAUCGACGUCAAAUUGACGCCGAACCUAACAAAUUGAGCUACCGAAACCAUAGCGCGCUCUAUCUCGAUCUAAACUCCAUCUAUCGAGCGCCCUGACAACUUUAAAUAAUAAUAUUAUAUAAUUUUGUUAUAAAUUCCGGUACUGCUCCGAACAGGUACCCUAUUAGUUCAAAAAGACGACAGACAGUUUUCUCUUCAGUUUUGUAAUAUUAGUAGGUAUAGAUUAUUAUGGUUUAGUAUGUAGUGCAGACAGAUUAUUGAUUGUGCCAUAAUAAACCUCGUAACAUGUGGUCUACAGUCCACAUGAAUCGAGAGACAGUAGCUAUGCGCUGCUUAAAACAACUAGCAGGCUACGUCAGCUGUGCGUCAGUACUAGCCGGCACACAGGAGCGCUCGCGCGCUCUGUGAGAGCGCAUAGUAACGGGUGUGAAAUGAAAAUGCAUAGCAU